AUGCUUCGCUCUUCGCGCCAACUCAUGCGGUUGGCUCCGCGCAAAGCCGCAGCUCCCUCAGCAAUCCCCUCAACAUCAUACUCGACGAGGGCUUCACCAAAUUCCCUCCAAACCUCCAAGCGACCUGCUUCCGCCCUCCAGUCGCGCCUGACUCCUUUGUCCCUCCAAGCGUGGUACACAAAUUCGCCCUACGACAAGGUCGACAAGAAGGCCGAGCAGGAGAUUGCGAAAAAGAAGCUCGAGUCUCGGCCUGAAGAGGUCUCGACUGAGUCGUCUAGAAUCCACCUCUUUGAGCCGGAGCCCGCCAAAACACAGAAGGAAGAGGACCUCACCGAAGGACUCAAGAAGGAGUUGAACAUUGUCAAGGACACCUUCAAUCUGAGCGAAGUGCCAAGGGAGCCCUACCUGCUCGGUCUUGCUGGUACUCUUCCCUACCUUGCAACAUCGCUGAGCACUCUGUACCUGAGCUGGGAUCUGAACCUCGAAUGGCCCUCGACUUCAAACUUUGCAAACCACAUCUACAUGAACCAUGAUUCGGCGCAAUACUGGCUGAGCCUCCUUGAACCCAUUCAGCUCGGAUACGGCGCCAUCAUCAUCUCCUUCCUGGGUGCAGUCCAUUGGGGCAUGGAAUACGCCGAGAAGACGCCUCAUCCCCAACGAACAAAGUUCCGAUAUGGUAUGGGUGUUGUCGCGCCUAUAAUUGCCUGGCCCUCCCUCCUCAUGCCCGUCGAAUAUGCCCUCACCUCGCAAUUUGCCGCCUUCACCUUCCUAUACCUCGCCGACAUCCGAGCCAAGAACAAGGGCUGGACCCCCCAGUGGUAUGGAAUCUACCGCUUCAUCCUGACUGGCAUUGUCGGCGUCUCCAUUUUUGCCAGUUUAGUUGGCCGCACCAAGAUUGGCAACGCGCAACCCCACAUCGGCGAGGGUCUAGCCGAGAGCAUGCACCUAGGCAAGACAGACACCUCCAAGAAUUGGGCAAAGCUUGAAGAGGAGGAGAGGAAGAAGCAAAAGAAGGAGAAGGAGGAGGCUGAGAAGAAGAAGAAGGAAGAGGAGAAGAAGCAAAAGGAAGUGGAAAAGAAGAACGCCAAGAAGGGUGAGUCCAAGGACAAAACCAAGAAGGACGAAAAGAAGGAUGACAAGAAGGGCGGCUCAGAGAAGAAGGAAGACGAGGGUAAGGAAGAGGAUGAUGAGAAGGAGGAGAAAUCCGAUUCUAAGGACGAGUCCAAGGAUGAUGGCAAGGAUGAGGGCAAGGACGAGGGCAAGGACGAGGGCAAGGACGAAAGCAAGGACGAAGGCAAGAAGGAGAAGAAGGAGUAA